UCUCAUUUAUCUUUCCUUCAAUUGACAACAUCGAUCACAACUUCCACACGCAAAGAAAACCCGAAAGAAAAAGAUAUGCAGUUAGUUGGUCAUCAUAAUUCAUAGGAGCACAACAAUUUCGUGAGAACAUCAACGCGUUUCCUACGACCAUCACAAAACCCCUAACCUCCAACCUCUCACCAACUCUUAUUCCAAAGAGUUGUUUGGGUCACAUAAUUCCUGCAACACAUUAUUAUAAUAUAAUGAUGAUGAUGUUGAGUUUGUUAUAUGGAGUACAAAAUAAUGUAAAAUCACUUGUUGUAAAUAUUCUCCUCUUCCCUUCCCAUUUUCUUUGACAGCUCCAUUUCAUUCCGAUUUUCAACUGAAUUCGGGUACACAAACUCGAAUUCUUAUUAAGGGCCUAUUCAUUUCAAUGGCAGCUGCAGGGUCCACAGAAUACCAGAUGAUGAAUCAGAGAACAUGGCCAUACAAAUCCGACGGUGGUCCUCGUUUCACCGCCUUUUCAUUCAUGUCAAAAACACCCGAAAACAAUAAUCCAAGAAAAAACCACCCCACAAACCAUAAUCCCCAAUUCAAUCCAUUUUCAUCAUCAAAUCAGGAAUAUUCCUCAGAUAAUUUCUCGCAACUUCCUAACGACGUGUUAUUGAAAAUAGCUGCCACUUUCACUUUGCCAAAUUUACGUGCUGCUUCACAGGUAUGCAAGUCUUGGUGUGAUGCACUUAGGCCCUUAAGAGAAGCCAUGUUGUUUCUCAAAUAUGGUAAGAAUUUCAAGCAUGGCUGUGGUGGGGUUGAGGUUAAUUUGAAUAAGGCACUUGACUCCUUCCUUAAAGGUGCGGCUCGUGGGUCAACUUUGGCUAUGGUUGAUGCUGGCUUGCUUUAUUGGGAAAUGGGGAGAAAGGAACAAGGGUUUGCUUUUUAUAGAAAGGCUGCUCUACUUGGUGACCCUGCUGGUCAGUGUAACUUGGGCAUUUCCCUCUUGCAAGCUAAUCCACCAGACAUUGAGGAGGCUAUCAAAUGGCUGUACAAAGCUUCUAUUGCAGGCUAUGUUCGAGCUCAGUACCAGCUUGCCCUUUGUUUACAUAAAGGUUGUGGCCCAAGUAGGGAUCUUAAGGAAGCGGCAAGGUGGUAUCUGAAGGCAGCGGAAGGUGGAUAUGUCCGUGCCAUGUAUAACACUGCAAUAUGCUACUCAGUGGGAGAAGGUCUAUCGCAGUCUCAUAAAUUAGCAAGGAAAUGGAUGAAGAGAGCAGCUGAUCGAGGUCAUAGCAAAGCCCAGUUUGAGCACGGACUUAGUCUAUUUUCCGAAGGUAACAUGAUGAAAGCUGUGGUGUAUUUGGAGCUUGCCACUCGUGCUGGUGAGACAGCAGCUGAUCACGUCAAGUAUGUUAUACUUCAACAGAUAUCCACUUCUUCUCGUGACAGAGCAAUGCUUCUUGCUGAUAAUUGGCAUCCUUUGCCUUCUUCAUCCCGCUGAUUGAUUUUCCCAGUUUUUAGCUUAAUGCUGCCUACACAUCUUUCUCUAGCAUGCUACUUUUGAACCUUCUUCAAAUACAAAGUGUAAAUAUACAUAGUUUCUCUUACUGAUGUACAUUCUCUAGUUCUGUAAUGUUAUAAUAAGUGCUUGUGUCGAAAUAGUUUUGCGCUUAAAUGUUACCGUUUAUUCUAUGAUAGCUUAAAGACUUGUAACAUUAACAGGUUUGAAGUAUAUUACGUACUAUUGAUUAUUUA